AUGGCAAUUCAGCUGAACUUGUUCGUCGCCUUUCUGAUUUUUUUUACAUAUUAUUUCACACAGGCUUAUUCCCUAGUGGAAUUUACAAACGCACAGUGCGAGUCGCUGGAUAAGGAUUUUGCCUUAUUUGAAUCCUGCUUUCUGAAAUCUGUAAACCGAUCUUACAAAUAUCUUUCCCUUAAAGUUAAACUUCUAAAGCUACCCAUAACCAAAGUUAAGGUGCGUAUAGGUCUUUAUAAACGGGUGAAUGGCUAUUUGCCUUUUCUAUACAAUAUGACUGUAGACGCAUGCAGAUUCCUGAAAUCGUCGAAUCCCAAUCCGAUUGCCCUUUAUUUUUACACUUUUUUCAAAGACUAUUCCAAUAUGAACCACACUUGUCCCUAUAACCAUGAUAUCGUUGUGGAUAAGAUGCCAUAUCAUAAUAUAAAUAAUAUGGUAACGAAAAUACUACCCUUUCCGGAGGGGAAUUAUAUGCUUGAAUUGCACUGGAUAGCCUACGAUAUUUGUCGAGCUAUAACUAAAUUCUAUUGGGCCCUCACCUGAUAAGAAAAUACCAUCAAAAUCAAUGGCAAGACACC